CUGGCUGAGGGCGCAUUCACUAAACAGUGGACGGGGUUGCUAUGGGCUUCGGGUUAUGAGGGCAGAGAUUUGAUUUCUAUUGGGCCACCUUUAGUGCAAGAAAUUGAGAGUGAAGCUCGUUAAUUUUGAAUUUGCACAUUUCUACUUGAAUUCAAGCAACUUCGAAUAGCCAUGGCCCCGAAGAAAAACGCACGAGGACACAAAAUGAAAGAAGCCAAAGCACAGCUGGCCAGUAAGAAUGGAAAGAAGCCUGAGGUAGCAGGAGGAAGCUCCUUCUUCACCUGGUUCAUGGUUCUUGCCCUCCUGGGCGUCUGGACCUCUGUGGCCGUCGUCUACUUCGACCUGGUCGACUACCAAGGCGUCAUCGCCAAUGCAAAGGACUUGCACAUUAAGCUCUCUGAGACACUGCAAGGUCAACUUUCGUCCUAUGAUGCUGAUGGAGAUGGUGACUUCGAUGUGGAGGAUGCUAAAGUACUGCUAGGGCUGAAAGAGAAGGCUACCGUCGUCAUUACCAGAGAUGCAGCACCAGAGGAGGCUCCUGCAGCACCUGUGGAAGAAGCCGCACCAGAACCCGUUGUUGAAGAAGUGAUCGAGGUCACAGAAGCAGAGGAAGUUGCUGCUCCCCUACCAGAGCCUGAGGUUAUGGAAGAACCUGAGGUGGUUGAGGAGGAAGAAGAGCCGGAGGUGGAUGAGCCUGAAAUCAUUGAGGAAGAGCCUGAGGUUCUGGAGGAGGAAGAAGAGCCUGAGGUGGAUGAGCCUGAAAUCAUUGAGGAAGAACCUGAGGUUCUGGAGGAGGAAGAAGAGCCUGAGGUGGAUGAGCCUGAAAUCAUUGAGGAAGAACCUGAGGUUCUGGAGGAGGAAGAAGAGCCUGAGGUGGAUGAGCCUGAAAUCAUUGAGGAAGAACCUGAGGUUCUGGAGGAGGAAGAAGAGCCUGAGGUGGAUGAGCCUGAAAUCAUUGAGGAAGAUCCUGCGGUUCUGGAGGGGGAGGAGGUCGCCUUAGUCAUGGAGGACGAGGUCGCCCCAGUCGAGGAGGAGGAGGUCGCCCCAAUCGAGGAAGAGGUCGCCCCAGUCGCGGAGGAGGAAGAAGCCGCCCCAGUCGAGGAGGAGGAAGAAGCCGCCCCAGUCGAGGAGGAGGAAGAAGCCGCCCCAGUCGAGGAGGAGGAGGAGGCCGCCCCAGUCGAGGAGGAGGAGGAGGCCGCCCCAGUCGAGGAGGAGGCCGCCCCAGUCGAGGAGGAGGAGGAGGCCGCCCCAGUCGAGGAGGAGGCCGCCCCAGUCGAGGAGGAGGAGGUCACCCCAGUCGAGGAGGAGGAAGAAGCCGCCCCAGUCGAGGAGGAGGAGGUCGCCCCAGUCGAGAAGGAGGAGGACGUCACCCCAGUCGAGGAGGAGGAAGAAGCCGCCCCAGUCGAGGAGGAGGAGGUCGCCCCAGUCGAGAAGGAGGAGGACGCCCCCAUUGAAAAGGUAGAGGAAGCCGCCCAAGUCGAGGAGGAAGAGGCUGCCCCCAUUGAAAAGGUAAAGGAAGCCGUCCAAGUCGAGGAGGAAGUCGCCGCCAUUGAGGAGGAAGCCGCACCAGUUGAGGAGGAAGUUGCUGAAGAGGCUGCCCCGGUUGAGGAAGUGGAUUCUCCCACAGAAGAAGCUGUUGAGGAGGAGGCCGCUGAGGAGGAAGUUGCUGCAUCAGUUGAGGAGGAAGUCGCUGUUGAGGAAGAGGCUGCCCCCGCAGAAGAAGAGGCUGCACCAGUUGAGGAGGAGCCCAUGGAGGAGGCGGAAGAGGCAGAGGAGGGGCCAGCAACAGAGGAAGAGCUGGUAGAAGAAACAGCAGCAGAGGAUUCAGAACAAACAGAAGAAGCAGAAUCAGAAGCUGAGUCAGAAGAAACUGAACAGGAGGAAGCUCUUCGGGAAGAGUAUGCAGAGGAAGAAGCUGAAGUAGAUGAGCUGGAGGCGUUGAUGGAAGAGCUUUCCCAGGCAGAAGAACAGAUGGAAGAUGAGCCAACAGUGAGGUCAGUAUCUUCUUUCCAUAGAAACGCAGAGCCUGCGGUCUCAGCGCGGUAAGACUGAUUGAGGACCAGCCCACAUCGCAUCCCACUGAGCGCAUGCAGCCGCGCUUUCCCACCUCCAGAGAAUGAAAAGCGCCAUCACGGCCUUCAACACUCUCUCCUAUUUGUUCUAUUUCUCACUCGCAUACCCAGAAACUUGUUUUUCUCACAUCCAGAACUUGUUAGAUGUUUUUCAUUUACCCUAUAUAUAUUUUUUCUUUUAUUUUUUAUUUUAUAAUGACAAGUAGCAAUGAAUUUAUCUUACAGAUGUAGGUAGAUAAUGGGAGGGUAUCUUUUCGCUAAUGGAAUGUAGGUUGUUUUCCAUUUCCUGUGUAUAGCAAGCAGAGGUACAUGUUGCUAGUCAAAGAACUUCACGUCUGAGCCGAGUUCAGUUUUUCGUUAAAUGUGAAGAUGCAAAGCUGCAGUUUUGUAUUACCAGUAUGUAUUGAGUCUACAUGUCAAGAUGUUGUAUAUCUAGGGCAAAGUUAUGCUGACAGGUGAACAGACGAGUCUGGUGAUGUAGGGUGAGUGUGUGAGCUUCCAUAUGUGUAUGACUGAGAAUGUUUAUAGAUGUACACUACAUGACCAAAAGUAUGUGAACACCUGCUCUUCGAACAUAUCAUUGCAAAAUCAUGGGCAUUAAUAUGGAGUUGGUCUCCCCUUUGCUGCUAUAACCAGCCUCCACUUCACUCUUCUG